AUGGAUUCACCAGUUAUCAUCAACUUUGAUCUCUCGGAUGGAAUUGAAGGGAAUGUUCCCUUUUGGCUUCGAGAUGUAUUUGAUCGAACACUAAACGCUACAGGGAUGAUGGAGCGACUGGCUUCUGAUGAGGCGAUAGCAGGCUUAAUUAAAGUUGAUGUAACUCUGAUUACGGAAAAGGAGUGUCCUAUUUGCUAUGAAAAGUUUUUGACGGAGCCGAUUGUUAUAGAGGAGAGCAAGCAAGGAGCUAAGUUGAAAAAAGAGACAAAGAUGGCAGAGCUACUCGAUAUGGACAAGGAGGUUAAAAAGAAAUUGUUGGAAAAGUAUGAUAUAUACAUGGAGCCCUUGGAGAAAUCGUCUAAAUUUAAUGACCCGUAUAUGUUUUUCCCAACGGAUUUAGGAGGUGCAUUUUACAGUAGAUUCCCACAGAGAAACUUAUCCACAUUUCAAAAUGUUACCACUGAAGAUCAAUUUCCCGGUUACAAAAGCGAGGAAAAAGAAAUCAAGGAUAAGAGAAUUGAAAAGUAUAAAAAGGAGGGACAUGUUGCAGUGAAAAUACCCGGAUGUGAACAUAUAUUCGGCCUUUCUUGUAUUGUUGAAUGGUUAAAGUCUAAUGUCUCCUGUCCCCUAUGUAGGAAAGAGGUUGAAGCCAAAACCAAUGACCCCAAACGACUCAAGAGUGAAGCCAUUGAAAAUAAUGUUGUUUGCAAUUUCAAUAACGAACGGAAAAUGAUUGACCACAUGAUGGAGCAUUCGACCGAUGUGUUUAAUCCAUUUCGACGUCCGUACAACCCAGCAAUUACUUCAGUUACAGACUCCUAUAUGCAUCAAGGUUGGGCAACACCUUCUAACUACUCUAGACCAAUCAGAUCAAGGGAUCCAAACCUAGUUUUACCAAGAAAAUUCCCAUUUAUGGAACCAAUACGUAGGUUUAGUUCUGUGCGGAGAAACACGAGGGAGAACCGAAGGACUAGAAACGUAAGGCGCAGAAAUAAUGAUAGUACAACAGUUACAAAUAACGAGAGCCUCGAAGAGUUAUCCGACCAGUCUCGUCGGAGAAGAAGUGCAUCCAAUGACUCUAUGAGAAGUGCAAGAAGGGUCAACUUUUCCCCUCACACAACAAAUAUUGAUGAUUUACAUGAUGACUCGAGUGAAAGUGAAAAUAGUAGUAGUGAUUCAAAUGGCAAUCCACCAACUAACGUUACUGGUGAAGCCGAUUUUUAA